CAGCCCUACACAUCUCCUCUUGCAUGCAACUCACUGAGAGGCAGAGGCGAGCGUAUCCUCCCCUCUCGAAGCUGCCAGCAUCUCGAACCACCAAGGACCUGCUUUUCGCACCUCCAACACCCUCCUCCCUUCUUCCCUGUCACUCCCUCUCAGAGGGAGAGGAAAAGAAGAGAGAAAGAUUCUGGAAUUUGAACCUUCCCAAAGAGGAAACAGACCCAGCAAACUCAGUUGAUUAAACAUCAAACAAACAGAUCCCAAAUCUUCUGUUCGACGGGAAAGGAGUCCUGGGAAGCAGGUUAUGGGCAGGACUGCCUCUGGCCCACACCAUGAAGCCUGAGUCUGCAUCCGCUCUGCUGAGGGCCAGGCUCUGUGUGCGCACUCAGCUUCCAGCUGCCCCUCUCCCCGUAGCCCCCUGCUGCUAAGAGGAAGAUCUUCAGGACUAGUCCUUGGCCUGUUUCUACCUGUCACCUGGCUCACCUCACCACCCACUCCUCCUCCAUCACAGCACCCAGGACCCCAGCCCUCUCCCUGGCCUCUCUGGCUGGGGCAUUUGGGGGUCCGCUGGGAGGAGUGCAUUGCUGAAGGCUCUCACCCUCCACUUACCUUCUCCUCCUUGAAUCAAGGCCUCUGGAUCCACAUGGAUAGCUGAGAUCUUUUCUUGGAGAAAGACACUUUGCUCCUCACUCCAGGCCCUCAGUGCCCCCACCUGACUUUCCUCCUCUUUGGCUGCCCUUUCUUCUUGCUCCUGUGCCCGUCUCACUUUCCUCCUUCCUCACCCUCUCAAUAUUUGUGUGAUUCUUCCUUUUGUGUGCUCUCUGUCCCCCAACCCAUUUUUUCUCUCUCUCUCCCUUCUCUGUGAAGGGGGAUCAUCCCCUGAGGGCUGUUCCCUGGCUGUCUGCUCCUCUGGGCUCUGUCUGGUCCCCACAGCCAUGAUGAGUUUCACCACACACUCCGUGUUCUUCACCCUGAAGGCCAGCGUCCUGCUGGGGUCCCUGCUGGGGCUCUGCCUGGGCCUAGAAUUCAUGGGCCUCCCCAACCAGUGGGCCCGCUACCUCCGCUGGGAUGCCAGCACACGCAGCGACCUGAGCUUCCAGUUCAAGACCAACGUCUCCACGGGGCUGCUCCUCUACCUGGACGAUGGCGGCGUCUGCGACUUCCUCUGCCUCUCGCUGGUGGAUGGCCGCGUGCAGCUCCGCCUUAGCAUGGACUGCACUGAGACUGCUGUGCUGUCCGACAAGCAGGUGAAUGACAGCAGCUGGCAUUUCCUCAUGGUGAGCCGUGACCGCCUGAGCACGCUGCUGGUGCUGGAUGGCGAGGGCCGGUCUGGGGAGCUGCAGCCCCAGCGGCCCUACAUGGAGGUGGUUAGUGACUUGUUCCUGGGCGGAGUCCCUGCAGACAUACGACCUUCUGCUCUGACCCUGGAGGGAGUACAGGCUAUGCCCGGCUUCAAGGGAUUAAUCCUGGAUCUCAAGUACGGCAACUCAGAGCCUCGGCUUCUGGGGAGCCAGGGUGUCCAGUUGGAUGCCGAGGGACCCUGCGGCGACCGUCCCUGUGAAAACGGUGGGAUCUGCUUUCUCCUGGAUGGCCAUCCCACGUGUGACUGUUCUACCACUGGCUAUGGUGGCAAGCUCUGCUCCGAAGAUGUCAGUCAAGGUCCAGGCCUCUCCCAUCUCAUGAUGAGUGAACAAGGUAGAAGUAAAGCUCGAGAGGAGAAUGUGGCCACUUUCCGAGGCUCAGAGUACCUGUGCUACGACCUGUCUCAGAACCCGAUCCAGAGCAGCAGUGAUGAAAUCACCCUCUCCUUUAAGACCUGGCAGCGGAACGGGCUCAUCCUGCACACGGGAAAGUCAGCUGAUUAUGUCAACCUGGCUCUGAAGGAUGGCGCGGUCUCCUUGGUCAUUAACCUGGGGUCCGGGGCCUUCGAGGCCAUCGUGGAGCCAGUGAAUGGAAAAUUCAAUGACAACGCCUGGCAUGAUGUCAAAGUGACACGCAACCUCCGGCAGCACUCAGGCAUCGGACACGCUAUGGUGACAAUCUCUGUGGAUGGCAUCCUUACCACGACAGGCUACACUCAAGAGGACUACACCAUGCUGGGCUCGGAUGACUUCUUCUAUGUGGGAGGAAGCCCAAGUACCGCUGACUUGCCAGGCUCACCCGUCAGCAACAACUUCAUGGGCUGCCUUAAAGAGGUUGUUUAUAAGAAUAAUGACAUCCGUCUGGAGCUGUCUCGCCUGGCCCGGAUUGGGGAUACCAAGAUGAAAAUCUAUGGGGAAGUUGUAUUCAAGUGUGAGAAUGUGGCCACACUGGACCCCAUCAACUUCGAGACCCCAGAGGCUUAUAUAAGUUUGCCCAAAUGGAACACCAAACGCAUGGGUUCCAUCUCCUUUGACUUCCGUACCACCGAGCCAAAUGGCCUGAUCCUCUUCACUCAUGGCAAGCCCCAAGAGAGGAAGGAUGUUCGGAGCCAGAAGAACACCAAGGUGGACUUCUUUGCCGUGGAACUCCUUGAUGGCAAUCUGUAUCUGCUGCUGGACAUGGGCUCUGGCACCAUUAAAGUGAAAGCCACUCAGAAGAAGGCCAAUGAUGGGGAAUGGUACCAUGUGGACAUUCAGCGAGAUGGCAGAUCAGGUACCAUAUCAGUGAACAGCAGGCGCACGCCUUUCACCGCCAGUGGGGAGAGCGAGAUCCUGGACCUGGAGGGGGACAUGUACCUGGGAGGGCUGCCAGAGAACCGCGCUGGCCUCAUCCUCCCCACUGAGCUCUGGACCGCCAUGCUCAACUACGGCUACGUGGGCUGCAUCCGUGACCUGUUCAUUGACGGGCGCAGCAAGAACAUCCGGCAGCUGGCGGAGAUGCAGAACGCCGCGGGCGUCAAGUCCUCCUGUUCACGGAUGAGCGCUAAGCAGUGUGACAGCUACCCCUGUAAGAACAAUGCUGUGUGCAAGGACGGCUGGAACCGCUUCAUCUGCGACUGUACAGGCACUGGCUACUGGGGAAGAACCUGCGAAAGGGAGGCUUCCAUCUUGAGCUACGAUGGCAGCAUGUACAUGAAGAUCAUCAUGCCCAUGGUCAUGCACACCGAGGCUGAGGACGUGUCCUUCCGCUUCAUGUCCCAGCGUGCGUAUGGGCUGCUGGUGGCCACAACCUCUAGGGACUCUGCUGACACCCUGCGUUUGGAGCUGGAUGGGGGACGUGUCAAGCUCAUGGUUAACUUAGACUGUAUCAGGAUAAACUGUAACUCCAGCAAAGGACCUGAGACCCUGUAUGCCGGGCAGAAGCUCAACGACAAUGAGUGGCACACCGUUCGGGUGGUGCGGAGAGGAAAGAGCCUUAAGUUAACUGUGGACGAUGAUGUGGCUGAGGGUACAAUGCUUGGAGAUCACACACGCUUGGAAUUCCACAAUAUUGAAACUGGUAUCAUGACCGAGAAACGUUACAUCUCCGUUGUCCCCUCCAGUUUCAUUGGCCACUUGCAGAGCCUCAUGUUUAAUGGCCUGCUCUACAUUGACUUGUGCAAAAAUGGCGACAUUGACUACUGUGAACUAAAGGCUCGUUUUGGACUGAGGAACAUUAUUGCUGACCCUGUCACCUUCAAGACCAAGAGUAGUUACCUGAGCCUGGCUACCCUGCAGGCCUACACCUCCAUGCACCUCUUCUUCCAGUUUAAGACCACCUCAGCCGAUGGCUUCAUUCUCUUCAAUAGUGGGGAUGGCAAUGACUUCAUUGCUGUUGAGCUAGUCAAGGGGUACAUCCACUACGUGUUUGACUUGGGGAAUGGCCCCAAUGUGAUCAAGGGCAACAGUGACCGCCCCCUGAAUGACAACCAGUGGCACAACGUCGUCAUCACUCGGGACAACAGUAACACUCACAGCCUGAAAGUGGACACGAAAGUGGUCACUCAGGUUAUCAAUGGUGCCAAAAAUCUGGAUUUGAAAGGUGACCUGUACAUGGCGGGUCUGGCCCAAGGCAUGUAUAGCAACCUCCCAAAGCUUGUGGCCUCCCGGGAUGGCUUUCAGGGCUGUCUGGCAUCAGUGGACCUGAACGGGCGCCUGCCAGACCUCAUCAAUGAUGCCCUCCAUCGGAGCGGACAGAUCGAGCGUGGCUGUGAAGUUGCGUUGACCAAAGCUGACCUGCAAGGACCAAGUACAACCUGCCAGGAGGAUUCAUGUGCCAACCAGGGGGUCUGCAUGCAGCAAUGGGAAGGCUUCACCUGUGACUGUUCCAUGACCUCAUAUUCUGGAAACCAGUGCAAUGAUCCUGGCGCAACCUACAUCUUUGGGAAGAGCGGAGGCCUCAUCCUCUACACCUGGCCAGCCAACGACAGGCCUAGCACGCGCUCGGACCGCCUGGCCGUGGGCUUCAGCACCACUGUGAAGGAUGGCAUCCUGGUUCGCAUUGACAGCGCUCCUGGCCUCGGAGACUUCCUCCAGCUUCACAUAGAACAGGGGAAAAUUGGGGUUGUCUUCAAUAUCGGGACAGUUGACAUCUCCAUCAAAGAAGAGAGAACCCCAGUAAAUGAUGGUAAAUACCACGUGGUGCGCUUCACCAGGAAUGGAGGCAAUGCCACGCUUCAGGUGGACAACUGGCCGGUGAAUGAGCAUUACCCCACAGGCAACACUGAUAAUGAACGCUUCCAAAUGGUAAAACAGAAAAUCCCCUUCAAAUAUAACCGGCCCGUAGAGGAGUGGCUGCAGGAAAAAGGCCGGCAGUUAACCAUCUUCAACACCCAGGCGCAAAUAGCCAUUGGCGGAAAGGACAGAGGACGCCUCUUCCAAGGCCAGCUCUCUGGGCUCUAUUACGAUGGUUUGAAAGUAUUGAACAUGGCAGCUGAGAACAACCCCAAUAUUAAAAUCAAUGGAAGUGUCCGGCUGGUGGGAGAAGUCCCAUCAAUCUUGGGAACACAGACGACUGCCAUGCCACCAGAAAUGUCUACCACUGUCAUGGAAACCACCACCACAAUGGCUACUACCACAACCCGCAAGAAUCGCUCAACAGCCAGCAUUCAGCCAACAUCAGAUGACCUUGUAUCAUCUGCUGAAUGUUCAAGCGAUGAUGAAGACUUUGUUGAAUGUGAACCGAGUACAGGUAGGUUAGAUAAGAGUCUUUCCACUUCAAUCUUCGAAGGUGGCUACAAAGCACAUGCGCCCAAGUGGGAAGCCAAGGACUUUAAACCUAACAAAGCCUCCGAAACUAGUAGGACUACUACCACAUCAUUGUCCCCUGAGCUGAUCCGCUUCACCGCUUCCUCCUCGUCUGGGAUGGUGCCCAAAUUGCCAGCUGGCAAAAUGAAUAACCGUGAUCUCAAACCCCAGCCUGACCUAGUCUUGCUUCCGUUGCCCACUGCCUAUGAGCUAGACAGCACCAAACUGAAGAGCCCACUAAUUACUUCCCCCAUGUUCCGUAAUGUGCCCACAGCAAACCCCACGGAGCCGGGAGUCAGACGGGUUCCGGGGGCCUCAGAGGUGAUCCGGGAGUCGAGCAGUACAACAGGGAUGGUCGUCGGCAUUGUGGCUGCUGCCGCCCUCUGCAUCUUGAUCCUCCUGUACGCCAUGUACAAGUACAGGAACAGGGACGAGGGGUCCUACCAAGUGGACGAGACGCGGAACUACAUCAGCAACUCGGCCCAGAGCAACGGUACGCUGCUCAAGGACAAGCAGCCGAGCUCCAAGAGCGGCCACAAGAAACAGAAAAACAAGGACAAGGAGUACUACGUGUAACCACACGGCCGCUCACAAGACCCGCAUUUAAAGAACCCAGAAGGAUUGCUUUAUCAGUGCAUACAUCCUUGGAAAAUGAGAUUUUUUUUGCAGAUGUCAGAACUGCUCUACCUAGGAGAUGGGGUCUAUACCAUGUCUAUGGUGGGGAAAAAAACCGUUUCUAAAAGGACACACACACCAAGAUGUAUCGACCUAUACACAGUUCAGCCAUGGCUUUGAUCAGUCAUCGCCCUGAGACAGAAGGUCCUUGCUGCCCUGCUGUAUCAUAAAGCACACACUUUGCGCUCUGCAGCCAGCAGGGGGCUCCCCUUCUCUCACCUGGACUUGGGAGCUUCCUUCUCUUGAGGACCUUGCACUCAAGGUAGAGACUCAUGGCUUACUUGUUCCAUAACUCCAAGUGAGUCUGUAACAAUGUUUGUGAAGCUUGACUGUAAUAAUUUUUUUGUUGUUUAAUUAUGUAAAAAACAAAAACAGAAAAAAGUUAAACAAACAAAAAAAAAACAACCCACCCUUAUCUGGUUCUGGCCAGUGUGUGUAACUUUUCUUCAAGAUCUGAGGGGAAAAAAUGGCUUUUGGAUUUUUGUUUAUUUUUUGAGGAUGACUGGACAUACGUUAAGAAGAAGAAAAAAAAAACACUCAGAAAACUAAAGUGGGAGAGACUAUUGCCAUAUGAACUCAAACGCUACCAUGGUGUUCACGCUACAUAUCAGGUUGUGGUGUUUUUAGAAUCUGUUGUUUGUUUCCUAUACGAACACAUAGCAAAAUCAUGUGAUGGAUGAUAAUGUUGAUUUGAAAAGCUGGUCCCUCAGGAUCUAAUUCCAGAAUUCGCCACCCAAACCCUGAACCGACUGGGUUAGGGCUGGUUUUAUCAGAGCUAUUGGGUUUACUUAACAACAGUGUUCCUGUCCAUUAGCCCAGCCAAAUUGUGGUAAAGGAGAAAGCCCUCCAAGUGAAAACAGAGCCUUUCCCAGAGAAAGGGAAGGGAGGGGGUGGCCUGGAUCCAUGACUGAUAGAAAUGCAUGCAAAUAUAGAAGAAAAGACAAUACUAAAAGGCUGUUCAAUAAUCAAAACAGACCAUAGGGGAGUUCAACUUGUGAUGGAACCCACAAAAGGUCACACAAGCCAAACAUGGCAUGAAGAGAGUGCAAAAUGCAUAGUUCUUCCCGCACCCCCAACGUGAAUAUGUUUUCUCAUCGUGGUUUAAUUUUGUAGUCUGGCACUUACGGAUAACUCUAUCCUUCCAUUUGCUCAUGUCUCCCUUCACCCAUCUUUUCUAAAACUAAACAAAUAAAUAAUAAAUGAAUAAAGCUGCUGUGACACACACAAAAAGGAAUUUAAUAGUAUAAUAUAUAUAUAAAUAAAUAUAUAUACAGAUAUAUUUAUCAUGGUAUGUUUGAUGGGAUGACUGAGACAGGACACCUGUUAAAGUCUUGAAGUGGAAUGAGAAUGUUGUUUUAAAAGAAAAUGACAAAACAACAAAAAAGUAAACCUUAAAAUGUGAAGCAAGUGUGAGUUUUAGUUUUGUCACAGUUAACUGUGUCAAAGAGAAUUAAAAAAUAAAAUCUUCUCAGAUUUUGUUUACAUAUUUUACUACAUUUUUGCUGGUAUAAUUCCUUAGCCACCUAUGUACAUACUGCUUUAAGAAUUGUUCCUUCCUUUCUAUUUGUUUAUUUCAGUUGUUUGGUUUAUAUUCUGGUUGUCUUUCUUUCUUUUUGAAAAGAGGAAACAAUGUACAGAAAAACAAUAAAUUGGUUGUGUGGCCAUAGCUAUCCAAAAAGCAAGAGACAAAGCAAGACAAAUAUUCACACAAAAAUUAAGUGUGUCCUCUGGAGGGUCAGGUAUAUACAAUUUCUUUUGUACAGAUGAAAAUCAAUCAGCUGUUUAGAUUUAGAAAUCUACUCUUGCUGGUCUUUGUAAGUUGCAUGAAUAUUUGAUUUGAAAAAAUACCUUAAAGAUAUGGGGCAAAAGUGCAAUCUAAACAAUGGUAGCCUUUACUAAUGUGUAUGGAAAGAAGUGUUCCUCAUUAUCUGAUAUUUCAAUGUGUUAAGAGUUUUGAAAUUUUUUUUGUCAUUAAGAAAGACAGGAUUAUAAAGAGAUAUCAAAGCACGAAUUUAGAUAGCCUAAAUGGCCCAACCUAUAUAAAGUUGAUUAUAUCUUGAUGUCUUUAAAAGAUUGCUGUUCUUGGAGUCUUGAGGUCUUGUGAAUUGAUUUUCUGAUUUCUUUCUUUACAUUUUUUUUAAAAAAUUUGAGUAAAAAUACAUUUGUUAUAUUCCUUUCAGUGUAAGUUCUAUUUGGACAAUUUUAUGGGAACAUGUGCAUUCUGUAUGUGAGCUUCUAUCAUAUUCCUGUUGUUUUAUGAGCAGACUUUUAUGGAAUUUAUUUAUGAUGUUGUGAUGUUACCGCUUUUCCUUUUUCCUUUUCUCUUUUAUUUCAUAUUUGCAUUUUUGUUCAAGGAUAUGCUUAGCAAUAAAAUGUUCUUCCCAAAA